CACGCACGAACAACCAGAUAUCCAGCAGCUCUACUCCCCUUUUUAUACCCGUUUUAUACGCCCAUCAUGUCGACCGACCCCAAGAUUCAGGACCUGCUCAACAAGCCCAAGAGCGAGCUCACUGAAUACGAAGUCUCCCUAGUCGAAGACCACGAACUCACCGCCGGCCCGCUCUCCCUCCUCCAAACCGCCACCCGCACACACACCCAAGUCCUCAUCUCCUGCCGAAAUGGCCGCAAACUGCUCGCGCGCGUCAAGGCCUUCGACCGCCACUGCAACAUGGUGCUCGAGAACGUCAAGGAGAUCUGGACCGAGAAGCCCAAGGGGGGUAAGGGCAAGGGCGUGAACAAGGAUCGCUUCAUCAGCAAGAUGUUCCUGCGCGGCGACUCCGUCAUCCUCGUCCUGCUCAGCUGAUCGAGUCUUUUGAGCUUGAUUCGUUUCUACCUGAGUUGUCCGAUCCUGUCCGUCCGUCCGUCCACGUGACAUUCGUGGUCUGUCUAGGGUACAUCCGUACAUGUCCCACGUCGCGUCUUCUUAUUAAUUCUUUCGAUGAAAAGGAGAACAUGAUAAUGGAAUGACCUCGAAUGGACUGGACACCGAUACCCUACCAUUUGCCCUUUGUACGAUUCCGACAUCGUCCAUCCACCUCUUUAUCUUAUCUGUCUUUAUUGUUGUCUUGGGAGCUGGAAGAUUUUCCUUUCUAUUAUUAUCUUUAUCUUUAUCACGAUGGGUCUAUCCUGGCGUUUUCUUGGUGUGAAUUGAAAAGAGAGAGAAAGAAAUAUACGUAUCUAUCUACGUAUCUACCUUCCUAGGUCGGGAGGAAUACAUGGGAUUGAAUGAAGAUUCCUCCUUAUAAUCGGG